GAGGCCCAUUCGGCAAGCGGCGGGCCUCCCCUCCCGACGACUGGCCUGGCUCUGGAAAAGCGGCGCGCGCCCAGCAUCCUCCGCGCGCGAGGUGGCCGCGCCGGGAGCGGAAGCGGCGCCGAGGAGGUACUAGGCCCUGCGCCCCCUUGGCCUUCCGUGAGGACCCUGCCGGGCCGAAGAAGGAAGCUGACGGUCCUACCCCACAAACGCGUACUGCCUUUUCUCGCCGUGGCCAUGGGGGCGUACGCCUUUGACCUGGUGCGACACUGAGCGCUCCAUGCUUGCGGGCGCGGGGAGGCGUGGCCUCCCCCAGGGCCGCCACCUCUGCUGGUUGCUCUGCGCUUUCACUUUAAGGCUCUGCCAAGCAGAGGCUCCCGUGCGGGAGGAGAAGCUGUCAGUGAGCGCCUCAAAUUUGCCGUGCUGGCUGGUGGAAGAGUUUGUGGUGGCAGAAGAGUGUGCUCCGUGUUCUAAUUUCCAGGCUAAAACCACCCCUGAGUGUGGUUCCACAGGGUAUGUGGAGAAAAUCACAUGCAGCUCAUCUAAGAGGAACGAGUUCAAAAGCUGCCGCUCAGCUCUGAUGGAACAACGCUUAUUCUGGAAAUUUGAAGGGACUGUCAUAGGUGUGGCCUUGGUCUUUGCUUGCCUUGUCAUCAUUCGUCAACGACAACUGGACAGAAAGGCUCUGGAAAAGGUCCGGAAGCAAAUUGAAUCCAUAUAGCUACCUUCUCCCCUUUCAUCAGGGUCUUAGAGACCCUACCUCAGACAGAGAAAGUGGAAUGAACUGACUUGUGCCCCUGGUUCUCUGGAACCUUGUGGUGUGGUGCCCCCAUUCUCCCAUCUUCCUCAUCUAAAUCAGUAAUGAGCAGAAUAAAAAGUAAAAUCGU